AUGGCGAAAGCUUCCCAUACAUUGCAAAAAGGUGCCGUCGUCCAGCACACCACCAAAGCCCAUAACCUGAAAGGUCAACUGCCUGAAGGGAGCAUGGAAUCUUUGGCAAUAAACAAUCGUUUCGUCACGCUGAACUGCCGAACACUAUCGAGUGAACUCCAACAAGCCGCUCUAUCCACACUUCUGCGAUAUCUCUGUGUGCCUUUUGCUGCACUGCAGGAAACACGCAUGAGGGAUCGGCCCGUCAUCAGCAUCGAAAAUUACACCAUAUACUGCGGCGAUGCUGAUGAGAACAAAGUAGGUGGCUGCACCUGGUGGAGAAAUUUGGCUCAACGUCGUCUAGAUGCGCCUUUCUACAACUGCGGGAUCGCAGAGGACGUAAACUCUGGAUCGUAA